GUUUCUACGGUAGUUUUCGUGUCUACUCCGUACAAACAUGGUACGCAAAUGUCCAAAGAUUCCUUGCAACAUGGAAAGGAAGAAAAAGAACUUGUUAUUCGGAACUUUGACAGUCAUAGGAGCUGUUCUAAUUCAAAUAACCUUUGGUUACUUUUAUACAGUUGCGAACAUGGUUCCUUAUAUUUUGAGUUAUAUUAAAGCUCGUGUUGAUCCCAGUGUACAAAGUCAAUCAACUGUUUGGCUCUCAGCGCUUGCACUAGCAUCUCAAGGUUUAUCAAUGGCACUUGGUGGACUCGUGUAUCAGAAAGCUGGUUUCCGUGUGGUUGUAGGAAUAGGAUGUUUACUUCAUAGUGGGAGUGUUUUCUUAACAAAUAUUACAAUUCAAAGGACCUACAUUGGUGUUAUUAUAACAUACUCAGUACUCAUGGGUCUGGGGCUUGGAUUUGCAUAUUCGGUAGUGAUGGGAGUAGCCGCGAAAUGGUUUCCAAAACGACGAUUCCUCAUUGUUGGUUUAGUUGUCGGUGGAUUUGGACUGGGAGCACUUGUUUUUACGCCCAUUCAAACGGCACUUAUCAAUCCGAACAACACACCGGUGAAUCCUGUAACAAAGCUAUUUGACGAUCCUGAGCUAUUAGAUAGAAUACCAAGAGCAUUUCUCAUCUUAGGCGGGAUUUUAAUUAGUGGACAAAUAGUUGGCUUUGUACUCAUGAGCGAGAAAAAACAAAAGGAUAAACCUGAUUCUGGUAAAGUAAACACUGACCAAAUCAACUUAUCACCUAAGCAGUUAUUCCGUAAAAUUGACUUUUACUUGUUAUGGAUAAUAAUGUUCUUAGUUAUUAUCCCUAUCACAAUUAUCACAUCAGCGUACAAGCUUUUUGGACAAGAGUUUAUCAGUGAUGAUCAGUACCUGUCUAUUGUUGCCAGUAUAACAGCACUUUUUAAUGCUGGUGGUAGGAUUAUGUGGGGUGCUAUAGUAGAUCGCAUUUCGUUCAAGUUACCAUUGUGCAUUGUGUUAAUACUAUGGGCUAUAAUACUUUUCACGUUUCCACAUAUUGGAGGAAUACCAAUGCCGGGUCUUAAAGCUGCAUACGCAAUUUGGGUGUGGGCACUAUUUUUGGUACUGAGUGGAGUGUUUGUUAUUAUGCCAGGUGGUACAGGAAAUAUAUUUGGUCCUACUUACUUUGCCAUAAACUACGGCAUUGUGUUUACUGGAUUUACUGUGGGAAGUAUACUAUGUUCUGUUGUCUCAAUGUUUAUACAUGCAUCUAAUCCUUACCUAGUACAGUUCAGUGGCUGCGGAGGUGUUUGCUUACUCGCAUUUCUGUUUGCAAUUUGGAUUGAAGACAAGAAGAUUAUCCCGAAAGUUGACUGUAUACCUUGUGUAAAAACGUGUCCAAGUUUGAGAGUUCGCAAAAAUAGUGAAAAUCAGGAGGAUAAUGCAUGAUUAAACUUUUACAUAUAUGAUCGUCAAUUACAAAUCUCACUAAAAAUAUUACUCACCACAUUUGUGAUAGUUUGUUUUACAAUUUAAUUAUUAUUCUCCUUAUGUUUUUUUAGUCUGUUCUGUUUAUAUCCUUUAAUAUGUGUAUAAGUUACUUAAUCGUUUAUUGUCUUCUUAAUUUGGAAAAAUUUAUAUCACAAUCUAUAUUUGUUAUUUUCCUUCGGUUUAAUUUUAUACAAAAAAUGGUCUCUAUGCAGUUUGAUGAAGACUAUCAUGAUACAUAUUUUUGUUUGAAAUCGAUACUAAUUUUUGUUUAAGCAAACUAAUGUUCAAUCAGGUUUUGAGAUGCAUAAUCAGGCAUUUUCUUCUCUACUUUUUUAAAUCCUUAUUUUUAUUAUUCAAAAAUAGGAUUAUUUUUACAAACGUUUACAACGAAUAGUAUCAAAAAAUAUAUUACUGAAAGCACAUAUAAUCAAUAAGCACAAAUACUGCUAUGAAAAUCAAAAAAUAAUAAUGAUCAUGUUUUUCUCUUUUGUCUCAUCAAACCAAUGAAAUUCCUUUUUCUUUUCUCUUUUUUUUUCAAAAAAAGAAGAGAACUGUUAGUAAAUUUAUUUAACCAAACUAAUUCAAUUGAAGUGCUAUUUUGUUCAUAGUUUAAAACAGUUUUUGGUUAAUACAAAUUAUGCU